AUGUCUAACUCCCAUGUAAAAUCCUUCCCUCGCCCAGCAGCGGGGUCUACCCAAUCAUUUUGGCGCACACAACCAGAUCCCCUCGAUAACCACCACACAACAUCAGACCUGCCAGAGGAAACCGACAUCCUAAUUAUCGGCGGCGGCUAUGUCGGAGCGUCGGCCGCUUAUCGGUUGCUUGCAGAGAACCCCCAAAAUCCAACCCCCGGGUGGUGUGGCCAUUUGAGACCAGAUAUAUAUUCAGCAACAGCAUUGUUCACCGAACGCUAUGGGAUCGAAGCAGCAGCAGAGAUCGUUCGGUUCGAAAUCUCACACUUGAAGAUCAUUGAAGAGCUGGUCCGUAAAGAAAACAUCGAUUGUGAACUUACUUUCACUCGUUCUUAUGAUAUGUAUCUCGAUGAAGAUGAGCUCAAGAAGGUAAAAGCUUUCUACGACUCUUUGGUUGACCAGGGAUUGGAUUUUAUGGAUGAUGUUAAAUACAUGUCUGAAGCUGAGACCCGAGAUAAGGCGCAUGUUCGAGACGCCAAGGGAGGUUUCAGCUUUCCAACGGGACAUCUCUGGCCUUACAAGCUCGUUGCCCAUCUUAUUCGCGUCGCCGUUUCCCACGGCUUGAACUUGCAGACGAAUACACCUGUAUCUGAAAUCGGGGAAAGCCCAAACGCAGAUGGCUUCUGGCCGGUAACCACCAGUCGUGGAGUCAUUAACGCACGGAAGAUUAUCCUCGCGACCAACGCAUUCACCAGCGCCUUGGCCCCGGAAUAUUCUAAAGCUAUCAUUCCCUGCAAAGGUAUCUGUAGCCAGAUAGCUGCGGCACCUGAUGCGCCCCAUCAGGAUCUGCCUGGUACUUAUGCAAUCCGAUCUGGGCCGGGGGCGUAUAUUUAUCAAAUUUCCCGGAAUGACGGGUCACUCAUCGUCGGCGGAGCAUCAAAUCUUUUUAGAGAUGAUCGGGAGGAGUGGUAUGAUAACCCCGAUGAUGGGAAGUUGAUUAAAGUUGCUGCGGAUUAUCUUGAUGGUUAUAUGCAACGCACGUUCAUCGGGUGGGAGGAUAGUAAGGCGGAAAUCAAACAUAUCUGGGCCGGUGUUAUGGGAUACAGUGCAGACUCGUUGCCUCAUGUUGGUAGUAUUCCGGGUAAAUCGGGCCAGUUUAUCGCGGCCGGAUUCAAUGGACAUGGUAUGCCUGUCGCAUUCUUGUCUGGUAAGGCUGUUGCGGAUAUGGCCCAGAGCUCCGUUGCAUUUGAGGAUACUGGUUUGCCCAGGUUGUAUAAGACAUCACUUGAUAGAUUGGAGCCGGUCUUUGAUGAUAUCCCGGGCUAG